AUGAGUGUCAUGACCCCAACAGUGCUGGCACAAUUGCCCCAGUCAUUAUUAGGUGUUGACGCUAGGACUCAAUUUGGGCCUUGUUAUGGAUUCACAGGAUCGAGGAAACGUAAGAGAACUGAGAUCGCUGCAGCAGUUGAUGGGGAGGCGCUCAACAUCUACGACGUACAAGGAUCGAAGCUUGUCUCAUCCUAUGCUGUUCCACCAACAUGUUUGUUCUCAUGCCCACCAUGUUCCAUGCGCCAACGACAAUCCCUGGGUUCAAAGACCACAAGAUACACGGCCUGCGCAGUCCAGACACCAGAACAAAGGAUACAAUGUUACGAGGAGAAAUUUGAGCACACGGAGACACCAGUGAUUUCGAGUCACAGCCACAUCAUUGAAGAACAAAGUCCAGCUAUACACAUCGAGUUCAUUCCAAUCGAUGCGAACAGAGGUCAGCCAGAGUUGUCACCGGAUGUCAUCGUUGUUCACCAUAAUGGCACUGUCAGAAGGCUUUCUAGUGAUUUAAAGCAUACGAGAUGGGUGGCAGCAAGUGUCCAGCAAUCUGAAGGGCGAGCACUCCCCCCUGAAGUCCUAUCUGCUCACUGGGUCAGUAAUGUAGACGCCAGUACUGGACUGCUGCAAAGAAGGGAAGAUAUUUUGAAAGACUGCGCUGCCUGUGGUUCCUCAUUUCUUAUUCUUGUCCAUCGUGACGGAGACCAUCAGAAGUCAGGACUUAGAGUUGGUGUAUUUAAUGUGCCAAUGGCUCAGCAGAUGGGCUUCACCUCAUCAAGCUCUGGCCAACUGCGGUUAUUGCUCAGCAAUCCACUACCCGAGUCAAAGCGCUGGAGUAUCGCUACAGAUCUCCACAUCGAUUUUCACGCGCCCUCUGCCAGGCUGUCCGUCUCAUCAAGGAACGAGCUCAUUAAUUAUGACCUGUCUGCCUACAUCCCAGAUAUUUCUUCCAAGCUUGCCUUCGACGAUGGCCAUUCCUCACUCUUCGCUCUCGAUGGUAACACAGCUGCUGGUGCGUUACGCUCUGCGGUACAGAUAUAUGACAUAAACUACCAAUCAGUGAAGGCACGUUUUGGCCUGGGUACCAAGUCGAGACGCCGUGGAAUAGAAGACAGUGCCCGAAAGGCUGUCCGGUUUAUAUUGUAUUUCGCAAAGAUCAACGUCUUAGUUGCGGUACGAGGUCGAAACCUCACAACAUUCAAUUUACCCAGAGAAAGAGUGAAGACUCAACGCCCACCUCAGACAAGUAGUCUCCUGAUUGAGUCUCUUGGAAGUAGCACAUACACCUCUAACAGGGUUACCACUCAUACCCAAGCUGAAAUGGGACCCGGCUUUGUCAAAGCUCUUUUCGUACCAAAUCAGCUUGAACAAGCCGGCUGGGAGGCUAGACAAAAGACCUUAGAUGAGCUGGUGCAGAGAGAUCAGGUUACAGAGUUCGAGCUUUUUAUGGCAGACGAGCUCCGGGACACACUAGCAGAAGAGAAGGAUUGUAAAAAGCACACACCCAUCAAGCUGCCCAGCGAAGACCAAUUUGUGAAUUAUGACAGGAUCCACUAUCUCUUGUCCAAGAUAUUCCAUGCCUCCGUCCUUCCAUCUGUUUUUGGCGACGAGAACAACCAGGCAGAUGUGGUCAUCGUCUUCUUCCCUCCUACACUGUUCAGGUGGCUUGCUCUUCACAGCCACCUUCGCACGUCUGAAAUUGAACGUGCAUCGUCAUCCGAGCUUUCGCAACCGCAGUUGAGGCUAGGUGCUGUUGCCAUCUCCAUCAUGAAGCAAGACCCGUCACUCGGCUUGUUGGCGGAUUACUUACGGGGCGCGAAUGUGUCAGGUCUGGAUGAGGCUGUUACGAUUAUAAAGGUCCUCAUCAAGGAUGCGGCGGCAAGGGUACAAGGAAUGGCACCUCCACAGCAACUCCUAGAGUAUCCUCAUGCAACAAUACCAGAGGAACCAAUUAACCAUACGGAAAAAAUCUCUACCUUGGAAUCUUCACCCUCUGCUCCGGCGGGUAGCUGGUCGGAAACUUGCACUGCUGUCUUGGUUCGGACACUGGACAUGCUCCGCAGCUUCUCACCUGUCAAGAUAACCACGGCCAUCCGCACGUACCUUGACACAGACGUGGUGCUGGCACUUAUUCAAAUUCUUCGUCAACAGUUGUUUCAGAGUGGCUGCACGAGUUCCUCAUCAACCUCUUGCGUUGCCUCGGAGGACGCUACACUGGCGGUCGAGACGACUGUUUUGGUCCUGUGUAGCUGUAUAGAUGCUCUUGGUUCGUCGGGCUUCCUCGGUUCCACCUUCGAUCAGGGUUUGUGGCAAGACCUCGUUCCAGACCUCAAAAGUGAGGUCUCGCUCGCAUUAGCAGGCAUAGAAGAAGCCACGUAUCUGAAGGGCGUGAUUCAGGAGGUACUCCGAUAUGGAAACGCAGCAACAAGCAACCAAGCCCUACCAACCGACUCUCCUUUUCAUCAAUUCGAAAAGCCAACUAGGGAAAUAGUGGCGAUCAUGAAGGCAAACACGGGCUCAAUGGAAGAGCAAAGUCGUUGUAUACGAGAAGGACCAUCUCUUUUACCACUGAGCCUGGAUUUGGAAAACAGUGUGAGCAAGACCAAGAAAAGGAAAGGUGGAGGCGAGACAGUUGAAAGAACUGCAAGAGAGUUGCAACAUCUGAAGAGCCGCAAUAUUGGACGGUACAGCUUUGAGAGGCUGAUACUGUGA